UCACGCUCGCAUUGAACCGUAUAUCAAGCUUAAACAAAUUUGGAUUUCAGCAGGAAGAAAUAAAACAAGUUCCUUAGGCCCCGUUCACAAAUCAGGCGUUUAACGCGCGUUUUGAAAACUUACAUCAACAACUGCACCAGUUUCUUACGUUUAACGCGCGUUAGCAUAUAAACACCUUGAACAAAAUGUAAAGAAAUGUGGUCACGCGCGUUAAACGCCUGGCUUUUGGAAGCGAUUUAUUUCCCUUGCCACCUUUAUCAAAAUGGACGUUUUUACAAAAAGACAUUUUUCAAUCUAAGCUAGCGGUAUAUUAAAUUGGGCAAUAGCUUUUCUAUAUGGUUGACUCCGUUUCUGUUAUCGCAAAAUGCGUGGAUCUAAUGGAUUUUUUUUUCACUACCUGGUUGUGAUUACAGUUUUAACUAGAGUUAUAGUUCUCGGUUGUUUGGCAUUAAAUGCCGUAUCAACCAAGCUGGAAUAACUUUUGUAAUGAAAGACAUAUCGCACAGAAAUAAUGAGAGUGGCGUAUCUGUGCUUUUUUUAAAAGGUUAUUUUUUUAAUGGCCAACUGUAGGCCACGUAUCCUGUAUGAACAGAAAGAUUGACAUACUAAACGUCAGUUGCUUACCAUUCGUACAAAGUAUUGGAUGACUACAAAAUGUUAACAAUUCAUACUAUUCCAGAACGCUUCCGAUACGUUAAGAAAACACUACUACAGCAAUGGGCGCGUCAGUAAUAAAGUUGAUGCAUUGAUUGGUGGUUUUGAUUUCCAAGUGACAGAAGCGCUGUAUUGCAUUUUGUUUUUACAGUAGUUAAAUCGGGUCACUACUGCGUAUAAGUACGUUUAGGAAAUAAGCCAAAUAUGGUGUAUAGCCAGCCGAUAUUUUUUUUUUUGCUGAGAGUUAUAUGUAUAGAGUGUUAAACUGCGGUACAUAUUGUGUAUGGCAUUCUUCUUCCAUUAUCUGUUUCAUAAAUUUUUUUGAUAAUGAGUGUAAACAGGACUGAAAUCUUCGUUAUUUGACAAUUUUUCUAAAAGUUAUCUGGGUAUAUAUACCUACUAUUGAACCUGAACAGCUCGCUAUUUGCAUCAUUGCAAACGGCGGCUCAUGUCUUCUCAGUUAAAGAAAACCGGAGAUGGUUCAGUGAAUCUAUUUCCGCCAAUAUAACGUUUACCAAUUUCCACGGGUAUGUGUUAUAAAACCUUUAUAGCGUACCGACCAACUUUAAUAUGGGAUAUGUAUUGCUACAAAUGUUCAUUUAAUAUUUAGUUGAUUUCUAAACUUAUUCCUUAAAAUAUCUAAGAGUUAGUUUUCUUUAUAAACGGAUAUAUGCAAGGUUUUUCGGUGGAGAAGCAAUAAAUUCCCUUAUUGUGUAUAAUUUUUUUAUAUAUGAUUCAUUUGUCUCAAUACAAUUGUUUAUGAAACUUCUCUAAAAGUAAUUUUAAGGCGUAAAGGUGUAAAGAGACAGCGAUUGGUGUAUAUUUCAACCUAAGCAACUAAUGAUCUGGUUUUUAAAUCUUAAUGAAUGGUUUAAUUUGUUGCUGUAGAAAGAAUAGCAGCAACUAGCAUAAGAUAUGUGCCCGCGAGUCCAGUGUGUUGUUGAUUAGUUGGGUAUGAUUAAUGAUCAGAAGAUUCAAACUGUGUUAUAUUAAUAUCACCGCAAUAUGAUGGAUCGUCAACGUCGUCUACAGAAAUGGGGAAAAUAAUGGUUGAGUCUUAAACUGAAAUGUCAGAUUUACGUUAUCCGACGGGCGGCUUGAGAAUGGUACUUGCUUGUGUAUGCGACAUUAGACAUUUAAAAACUUUCAGUUACCUACACACUGCAAAUCACAGCACGCAUAUUUAAAUGAGUCUUGAUAUCCUAUUUUAGAAAUGGAGGCGGCAGCAAGGACGGCUACAAUAAAGGCGGGUUUGGUGCCGGCGGCAGCGGCGGUGGUGGUGGUGGCGAAAUGGUUACGCAAGAAGAUACAAUUUUUGUCUCUGGUAUGGAUCCCUCAACCGAUGAAUUGGCCAUCGAAACCCAUUUCGGUGCGAUCGGCAUUAUAAAGAAAGAUAAGAGGACAAUGAAGCCUAAAAUUUGGUUGUACAAGCACAAAGACACCGGGCUCUCUAAAGGCGAAGCUACUGUAACCUAUGAUGAUACAAAUGCCGCCCAGUCGGCAAUCGCUUGGUUUGAUGGGCGCGAUUUCAAUGGCUGCUCGAUUAAAGUUUCUUUGGCACAGCGCCAAAAUAAUUGGAAAGGAGGUCGCGGUGGUGGUAGCGGCGGCGGUGGUGGUUUUGGUGGUCGUGGUGGACCCGGUGGUGGUCGUGGUGGAGGCGGCGGCGGCCGAUUUGAUCGCGGUGGUGGCGGCGGCGGUGGACCGGGUGGGGAUUACGAUUCGGGACGAGGCGGUGGCGGCGGCGAUCGUGGAGGUCGUGGCAGAAUGGGUGGUGGCGGCGGUGGAGCCGGUGGCGGUGGUGGCGGUAAUGUACCACAACGCGAAGGUGAUUGGAAGUGCAGCAGUUGCAAUAAUACGAACUUUGCUUGGCGUAACGAAUGCAAUAGAUGCAAGGAGCCGAAAGGCGAUGCAGGAAAUGAAAGCGGUGGCGGCGGGGGCGGUUACAGCAGUGGAGGUGGCGGUUAUGGUGGCGGUGGUGGAGGUGGCUUCGGCAGCGAUCGCGGCAGUGGUGGUGGCGGUUAUGGCAGUGAUCGUGGUGGUGGCGGCGGUGGCUAUGGAAAUAGAGACCGCGGAAGUGGUGGUGGCGCCGGUGGUGGUGGGGGCUUCAACCGUUUUGGUGGUGGUGGACGCGGUGGUGGUGGCGGCGGAGGAGGCCGUGGAAUGGGCGGCGGUCGUCGCGAUGGCGGUGGUGGUGGUGGCCCUGCUAGAGGAGACGGUGGCAAUCGGCCUAGACCCUAUUAACUGUCGUUUGGUUCGUUUACCGGUUUUACGUUAUAUGUGUAUUUAACUUUAGAAAACAUUUUUUUAAGUAAAGCGAAUAUGUUGUAAAAUGAUCAUAAUUACAUAUUACAGCUACACUCAAAUAUCAACAGUUUGUAAAGAAAGUAUGGAACAUGUAUUAAAAAGUAUAAUGACGAAUGUAUAUUACGAUAUACCAAUUACUUUCCAAAUAAACAAUCGUCGGAAUGUUUUAAUUUCAAUGACAAAAUAAUAUA